CUGUGUGUUACAAAGUUUUUCAAAGGAACGGCUGUGCCCUGCAGGCUCUUGUAGACCUGAGCGAUGGGACGCAACUGCGGGAAUUUGGCCUGAAUCAGUUUAUGUAUAUAAGGACCAGCCUUUCAACAAGCAACGUCCUAUUCUUCACCUUUCGUCGAAGCUUCUUUGCUGGUCAAAGAACAAGUUCGCGACCCUCCGAAUUCGCAUUACGCCUUCCUCAGCGUUUAAUUCCCCCUAACAAUGCGUCUCACUAUUGUGGCCAUUUUUCUUGGAUUGUUGUCGCUUGCAUGUGCGGUACCUUUUCCUACAAAAUAUGAGCCAGAGGUUGACGAGAACGGUGUACAUGCAUUACAGCCACCUCAUGCAAGACCUGAAUUGACGACGAGUUCGACAAGUUCGUCUCGGAGUUCGAGCGCAAACCGAUUGAACAGAAAAGUCACCGUGGAGGAUCUUAACACCCACACCAUAAUACUGAAUGCCACUUUUUAUCCUGGUAAACCUCUGAACGCUCCAGGAUUAUCAAACCAUGAGGCGGACGAAGAGGCUCAAGAUAUAGUCAAAGGCUUCUUGAUGAACCACAAAGGGUUGUCGAAGGACUUGGGCAAGGAAGUGGCCAGCCGCAGAGUCAUAUUCGGAAAUUCCUUUCGCUAUCUGUCUCGUCCCGAGGGUUCUUUCGUCCACUUCAAAUUGGAGGCAAUCCCCGCGGUGCCUGGGUGUAAUCCCGAAUGUCAUGCGACGGCGCUGAGAGUCAAAGGCACUCCGGAUACGUUUAGAGGGAAGAUUAGCGCGGAUUUGACAGGGUUCCCGGUGAUUGGAUGGGACGAACCUUUAGAGAAACCUACUUCGGGUUCGAAAGUCAAGUAGUACAUAAGUAGUUGAACUUAUUGUCGAUCGGGUAUCUGUGGCUUUCAGUUGUCUUCAGUUAGAAUAUCGACGUAGAUACAUGAAGUGAUC